AUGCGAACAAUAUUGAAAAAUGCCAAAAUCUUCACCGGGGGUGCUCAGGCCGAAUCGGAAGGAUUCAAGCAAGGCUCAAUGCUCAUCAACGGCGAGUUAAUUGAAUACGUGGGCUCAGAAGAAGACGAGGUCAUCGUCGCUGCUGCCCAACAUGGAGCUGAGGUCUUCGAUCUGGGUGGCCAGACUAUUACGCCAGGUUUCAUUGAUGGGCAUAUGCAUCUCUUGAUGUUCGGCACUUCGCUGACAAAGGUCAGUCUGGAGCAUUGCAAAUCGUUACAAGAUAUUCGAGCAACGAUCCGGGAAGCAGCGCAAAAUGAUCAAUCCAGGUCACGAAUCCUGUGUCGUGGCUGGAUGCAUUACAUGACUGAUGGACGGGCCCUUGCAAGUGACCUCGACGAUCUCGACGAGAGAGGGCGGCCGAUAUAUAUAGACUCUAAGGAUCUGCAUUCGACUUGGGUCAACUCCGCCGCGUUGAAAGAAAUGGGCAUUCUAGAGAUGCCGGAUCCUGCGGGUGGAGAGAUCCACAGGGAUGAAAAGGGAAAUGCGACCGGGCUACUCAGUGAGGCUGCUGCUGUUACAAUUGUUUGGCCACAUCUAGCAAGGGUUGCAUCCACGGAAGAAAAGAUGAGCGCGAUCCGUGAGGCGAUCAAGACUUACAACGCGGCAGGGUAUACGGGACUGGUUGAAAUGGCCAUGGAUGAGAAUGCCUGGGAGGCCUUGCUACUGUUCAGGUCGAAGGAAGAAUUGACCAUUCGAAUAGCGGCCCAUUGGCUGAUUGCCCCUUCAAACACGACGGAAGAGAAUAUACGGCAGGUCGACAGAGCCAUCGAGCUCUGGAAGCAGUAUAAUCUCGACACUUCACCGAAUUUCCGGAUUGCUGGGAUCAAGGUCAUUGGCGACGGAGUUAUUGAUGCUUGCACUGCAUCAUUACUUGAACCAUAUUCCAAGAACGGUAUAUCUUGUGAGCCCCUGUGGAAUCGAGAGCUGCUGAGAGACGUUGUCGCACGCGCAGACAGCGCUGGUCUCCAGUGCGCCCUCCAUGCAAUUGGAGACGCAACCAUUAAGUUGGCCAUUGAUGUGCUUGAGUCGGUUGCAUCCAAUGGUCGGCGGCAUCGUAUAGAGCACCUUGAACUCACCUCGCCAGGCGAUGCUAAACGACUCCAGGCAAAUGGUAUCACCGCAUCUAUACAGCCUGUUCACGCCGAUCCAGCAAUCACGCGAGAAUGGGACUCCUUACUUGGAUUGGAGCGCAGGAAACGAGCUUUCGCCUACCGGGAAUUUCUAGAUGAGGGAGUAACGCUGGCUCUUGGUACCGAUGCUCCUACGGCGCCGAAUCUACCCUUGCAGAAUUUAUACAUUGCCACGACGAGAAGAUCGGCCAGAGAGCCAGAAUCAGAGGAAGUUUUCAACGAGCACUGGGCUUUGCCUUUACUCAGUGCAUUUUCUGCUGCCACGCUUGGUGCGGCCUAUUCAUGUUUUGCCGACCAAGCUGUUGGAACAAUAGAAGCUGGCAAGAAAGCGGAUUUUGUUGUAUUGAACAUGAAGUGGUCGCCACAGAGUCUCUUGGAGGACAGGGUUACCCAGACGUGGUUCGGUGGUAGAAAAGUUUACGAUGCUAGCGGCUUGAGUAAUGGUGCAUAG